UUGAACAAAGUCAUUGGAUGCCUUUGUCUCAAAUCUAACAGCUUUCUCAUGUCCAAUGACCUCUACUUGGCAUUUCUUCAUAUUAGACUAUGCAUUUUCAUUUUUAUGCAUCUUUCUUUCUUCUUUUAUCGUAGUCAAGAUAAUUGGAUCAUGCUACUCGUUCAAGAAUUCCGAAGAAGGGGCUCUUAUGCUCCCCCCAGGCCCUCCUAAAUGGCCCAUUUUUGGCAACCUUCUCCAAUUGGGCCAACUUCCUCAUAGGGAUUUUGCAGCCCUUUGUGAAAAAUAUGGGCCACUAGUGUACAUCCAAUUGGGCAACAUUGAUGCCAUCACAACCAACGAUCCAGAUAUUAUACGUGAAAUCCUCCGGCAGCAGGAUGAUGUUUUCGCCUCCCGGCCACGGACCCUGGCGGCCGAGCACCUGGCUUAUGGGUGUGGUGAUGUGGCGUUGGCUCCUCUGGGGCCAAAAUGGAAGCGAUUGCGAAGGAUUUGCAUGGAGCAUUUGUUAACUACAAAGAGGCUGGAGUCUUUCGGGAGGCAUCGGGCGGAUGAAGCCCAACACUUGGUGAAAGAUGUAUGGAGUGUGGCGGAAAGAGGAGAGGCGGUGAACUUGAGGGAAGUGCUGGGUGCAUUUUCAAUGAACAAUGUUACUAGGAUGUUGUUGGGGAAGCAAUACUUUGGGGCUGAAUCUUCAGGCCCACACGAAGCCAUGGAGUUCAUGCACAUAACCCAUGAGCUGUUUUGGCUAUUGGGCCUGAUUUAUUUGGGAGAUUAUCUGCCCAUCUGGAGGUGGAUCGACCCAUAUGGAUGUGAGAAGAGAAUGAGACAAGUAGAGAAAAGGGUGGAUGAUUUCCAUGCAAAGAUAAUUGAGGAACACAGACAAAGAAUACAAGUAAUCAAAGAUGAGGGUGAGAUGGAUUUUGUUGAUGUUCUGUUGUCUUUGCCAGGUGAAGAUGGAAAGGAGCACAUGGAUGAUGUUGAGAUCAAAGCACUUAUUCAGGAUAUGAUAGCUGCAGCCACCGACACUUCUGCAGUUACCAACGAAUGGGCAAUGGCAGAAGUCAUCAAACAUCCACAAGUCCUUAAAACAAUCCAACAAGAAUUGGAUUCCAUAGUGGGUCCGGAUCGAAUGGUCCAAGAAUCAGAUUUAGCGCACCUCAACUACCUACGCUGCGUUGUACGUGAAACCUUCCGCAUGCACCCGGCUGGACCGUUUCUCAUUCCACACCAAUCUACCCGCUCCACCACAAUCAACGGUUAUUACAUCCCUAAAAACACACGCGUCUUCAUCAACACCCACGGCUUGGGUCGGAACACCAAGAUUUGGGAUAAUGUGGAAGAGUUCAAGCCGGAGAGACACUUGCCUCAUGAUGGGAGCCGAGUGGAGAUAAGCCACGGAGCUGAUUUCAAAAUACUGCCAUUCAGCGCCGGUAAAAGGAAGUGUCCUGGCGCGCCGCUUGGGGUGACGCUGGUGCUCAUGGCUCUGGCUCGGCUUUUCCACUGCUUUGACUGGAGCCCACCUGAGGGGUUAAGGCCUGAAGAUAUUGAUACAACUGAGGUUUAUGGAAUGACGAUGCCUAAGGCCCAACCCUUAAUUGCCAUUCCUAGGCCCAGACUAGCAGCCCAUUUGUAUAAUUAGCGGCCCAUUUGUGGAGAGGCUAAUGCUAUUAUGACUGUUUAAUUCAAAGGAUUAAUCAUAUAACUAUUAACUCUUGAAUAAAAGUACAUGACUAAUAGAGGGACAUU